AUGUUUAAGUGGAGUUCUAGUUUCUUUCUUGCUUGUUUUUCAGCGCUGCCCAUGAAUGUAUAGCAAUAGGUUUUAUCGACAUGGCACAGUAAAGUCUGUCCGUUAAGAACUGCUGAUGUUGGUCUUGUCCACGCGGUGUCGCUGUAGACCGAUGGGUCGACAGAUUCCGGAGCAGAUUUCGAAGCUCCACCCGAUUUCUAGUGGGUGGGGAGACGUUUCUGGGCUUUGUUGUACGAAAGCUCAGGGGCGAGAAUAUGUGUACGCAGACUGGAGUGCUCUCCGUCGCCUCAUACAGUUUUUACACACCAUGGAUUUAUUCUGUUUUUGACUAUUAAGGGAUUGUUCAAUUCGACGACACGUUUAUUUGGAUCUAUGACUGGCCCACCUUUUCGGAACAAUGUUUUUGCCAAGGAGACGGGAAUGUAUUGUUGCGUGUUUAAUGACGGCUCUUAUAGAAUUCUCUGUCGUCUCGGUGUACGGACAACUGUCCUACUCGGUGUCCGAGGAGUCGAGCGUAGGAACAACAGUGGGAAAUAUCGCCAAGGAUUUAAAUCUGAAUGUCCAGGAUUUGGAGUCGCGUAUGUUUCAACUCGUCACCGGAUCAAAGAAGAAAUAUUUUGAGGUAAAUCUCAAAACGGGCGUUUUGUAUGUGAACGAAAGGAUAGACAGAGAGGAGCUCUGCGCUAAAGCUACAAAAUGCACUCUCAGUUUAGAAGCGGUGAUCAACAAUCCUUUAAAGCUUUAUCGCAUUGAAGUGAUUAUUCUUGAUGUAAAUGAUAAUUCCCCCUCUUUCAGUGCGAAAUCACAGCAUUUGAACAUCGCUGAGAACACUAUACCCGGCGUAAAAUUCCCUUUGUCUUAUGCUUCUGAUCCAGACGUUGGUAGGAAUACUGUAAAUGCAUACAAAUUAAGUCAAAAUGACCAUUUUUCCCUUACUGUGCAUAAAGGAGGAGAUCAAAGUGUUUCUGUAGAGUUAGUGCUACAGAAAGCAUUAGACAGAGAGAAACAGCCAGAGAUUAGACUUGUUCUGACUGCAGUUGAUGGGGGAAAUCCCCCGAAAUCAGGCACAUCUCAAAUAAUGAUUAAUGUUUUAGAUAUCAAUGAUAAUGCUCCGCUAUUUAGUUCUGCAUUGUAUAAAACUACACUUUUUGAAAAUGUUCCUCCAGGGACCAAAGUAAUCACUCUCAAUGCAACCGACGCAGACGACGGGACAAAUGGCGAGAUUGUCUACUCCUUAAGGAAGACUGAUCAAGACCAUAUUUUAGAUGCUUUUGAAAUAGAUCCAAACACAGGCGCCAUUACGGUACAGGGUAUCAUAGACUAUGAAGAGCACAGUGCGUUUGAGAUUCGGGUCGAGGCGAGCGAUAAAGGGCAGCCUCCAGUACUUGCACAUUGUAAAGUGCUUGUUGAAAUAAUGGAUCUCAACGACAAUGCCCCUGAGAUCACCGUGACGUCACUUCUUAAUACGGUUAGGGAAGACGCACAAAGGGGCACUGCUAUUGCUCUUGUGUCCGUGCUUGAUAGAGAUGGAGGUAAAAACGGUCAAGUCAACGUCGCUAUAUCGGAUGAUGUCCCGUUUAAAUUAGAUGCAAACUAUAAAAACUACUACUCACUAGUUGUAAACGGGGCUCUAGACAGAGAAAAAACAUCUCAGUACAAUAUCACCAUCACCGCUACAGAUGAGGGGACUCCAUCUCUCUAUAGCAGCAAAGUUAUUAAUGUACAUGUGUCUGACGUGAAUGACAACGCGCCACGCUUUUCAGAGCCAAUUAUAAACAUUUAUCUGAAAGAAAACAGUCCAGUCGGCGCUCUGAUUAGUUCUGUAACUGCAUCUGACUUAGACAUAAAUGAAAAUGGGCAGAUUACUUAUGCGGUUAUGGAAAAUAAUGGCAACAAUGCAAUACCAGUUUCCUCAAUGAUAAAUGUAAACUCCGCCACGGGAGAUAUACAUAGUAUAAAGUCAUUCAACUAUGAAGAAAUGAAAACAUUUCAAUUUAAGGUUCAGGCUACUGACUCGGGUGCGCCUCCUCUAAGUGGCAACGCCACUGUAAAUGUAUUUCUUCUGGAUGAGAAUGACAACAGUCCGGUCAUUCUCCCUCCUUACUCAGAGCACGGCUCAGUUAACAGUGAGAACAUUCCCUAUACGGCCGAAGCUGGAUACUUUGUGGCCAAAAUCAGAGCUGUGGAUGCAGACUCUGGAUAUAACGCACUGAUUUCGUAUCACAUCUCUGAGCCCAAAGGAAAUAAUCUCUUCCGAAUCGGAACCAGCAGCGGGGAAAUCAGGACUAAAAGGAGAAUGAGCGACAAUGACCUUAAAACUCACCCUUUGGUUAUUUUGGUCUCUGAUAAUGGCGAGCCUUCUCUGUCAGCUACAGUGUCUAUUGACAUUGGUGUUGUUGAGAAUAUGGGGGACGUGCAGAGACCAUUUAAAACUGUUUCGGUAAAUGAUGACACUUUUACCGACUUAAAUUUAUAUCUGCUGAUUGCCAUCGUCUCGGUGUCGGUUAUUUUCUUGCUGAGCCUCAUUAGCCUAGUAGCAGUGAAAUGCCACAGGACAGAUGGCAAUUUUAGUGGCUACAGCGCCCCGGUUAUCACCACACACCCUGAUGGGAGCUGGUCUUACUCGAAAUCUACACAGCAGUAUGACGUGUGUUUUAGCUCUGACACACUGAAGAGUGACGUAGUAGUUUUCCCAACACCGUUUCCACCUGCUGAUGCAGAGCUGAUUAGUAUCAAUGGAGGAGACACUUUUCAGAGGACACAAACCCUCCCAAAUACAGACAAGAGGUGUUAUCUUGUCAAUUGGUGUGGUAUUCCAUCAUUCCAGAGUGAUUGUGAUACACCAGCUUUCAAUAUAAAUGCAAACCAGGACUGGAGUUUAACAAUACCCUUUAUUGCAUUUCAUUGGCCCCUCAUGCCAUAACAUUUGUGUGUGUGUCUGUGUGUGUGCAGAACAGAAGUAAAUGCAUUUUACUCUAGUUUACUCCUUUAUUCAUAUCGUAUUAUCUUGAUAUAAUAACAAUAUCAGUACAGAAAGGUUUUAUUAUAGACAAGUCCAUUACUGAAAUGCAUUAAUAAAAUCCUAGCACAAGGUGGCGCUGUAGACCGUGGUAAUGUGAGUUCGUCAAGCUCCUCCUUAUGGGAGGAAUAUUAAAAUGUAAGAGUCUCGCUGUGCUUUGUUACAAAAUUCGUGGAUGGUAUGAGGAACAGGGGAUUGUCGGUGGUUCCAACCGUGGAUAUAUCUCUUGAUUUCUGGACUUUAAUGGAUGGCAAACCGAUGCCUUUUGGAAAUAUUUAUAGUUGUUCCAUUUGA